GGGGUGAGAUUGAAAAGUUUUGAUGCAAGGCAUUGAAGGUAUUGAAAAUUUUCUAUUAGUAGGAGUUUUGCAGCUUCAAAAAAUCUCAAGCCUAACUCCUGUCUUCGUCCUUUUUUCAUAUACAUAUUGUUGCUACUCCACUUUAUUGUGCGAAUAUUUAACAUAGCCUAUGUUCAAACAAGUGCCUUGUUUAAACUCGAUGCACAUUUCGUAAUUAAGUACGUACUUAAUAGGCCAACUAGAAGCGGUUUUACGAUAGAAAUACCUACCUAUCUACCUGAGCCCAUAUUAUUAUAGAACUGUAAGUAAACAUUUCAAGUAAAAUAUUGAUGCGUUUUUUCUAUUUAUUAUUAAGUAUAUUGAACAGUUUGUAUUAUAAAAUUGAACGAAAAACAAAUUGAUUUUUAUACUUUCGAUUAUUUUGAUUGAUGAUGACGAGUGUUUAUCUAACUUAUAUUCGCGGUCAAUUGCUGUUCAGCUAUGGGAGUUACGAUAAUCGUAGGCUUAGGUUUCAUAUUACACAUAGGUACUUCGAGGGGAGACUUUUAAAACCUCGAAUCAAUUCUACCUCUCGUGGCAUUUUUUUCUUUUUUUCUUUUUCAAAAUUGGAAAGUCAGCAUUGCAUUUUGAAAUAGGUACCUACCUAAGUAUGUCUAUUUGCUUGCAAAGUUCAAAUUCUCGUUCAUUGACUGUAGAGUGAUGUAGGUAAUCAAAUACCUAUAAUCAUUAGGUUUGAAUUCCAACGCACGUGGAACUCGACAGUGCACCUAUAACUGCGUACUCAUGGCAAUACGCAACGGGUAUGCACAAUGUACUUAGUUGCAUUAUAAAUUGCACUAAUUUAUCGUACGAUGCAUGUGUCAGGUACUAAUCAUCUCAAAGAUAAGCUAGAAUAUACACGAUAAUUACCCGGAACCGGUCGACGAUCUGUGAAUGGCCUACAAUAGGUAGGUAGGUAGGUACUUGCGCCUCCAAGUACCAGAGCUUACCUAUUCCUACUAGAUACACGUAUCAGGUACCUUGACUUUGGCACAUGGGUGAUGGGGUUCGUGAUAAAGCACCCAGUAUACACGAUUCACUGCAGCGUUGGUUGAACUUGAACUUAGAAUCGUUUAAUUGUUUCACGAAUAUGAUAGAGCUUUCGAACUACGAGUACGUCUAGUGUACCUGUAAUUUCAAGGGAGGGAGUCGAGAGUGAAAAAGAGGAAACUCUAUUAGUCGGUCAAACGUGCACACAGUAUUCAUUCGUGACCGCGUUGUGCCAUGUGCCGAUCCGAUCAUCAUUCUGUAGAGAAAAAAAAGUAAUGAAGCGAGAUUUGUGCUGGACCAGACUAACGUGGAGUUGUGGUACGAUUUAUUUGGUACAUGUCUUCCUACCAUUUACCUUCGGAUGGCCUCUGCUUUCCACUUGGAAUGAUCUCUUCUCCGGCCAAUACUUUUUUAAUAAUAAGUCUACAACGGUGGAUCAUUCACCUCGUGUUCUCAAUUUCUUUCCAGUGCCAGUGACCGAAGAAUGUUUAGCAAAUGACGGACGUAGACGAGGAAUAUGUCUGAACACAUACGAAUGCAGAAUCCAAAACGGCAUCUCGCAAGGUCAAUGCGCCCUCGGUUUCGGGGUAUGCUGCACCUUCACCGCAGGAUGCGGAUCAGAAAUCAAAAACAACAUCACCUACUUCACCAACCCCAACUUCCCCGGAUUAAUAAACGACGUCGGAGAGUGCUCAGUGGUGAUUAAAAAAACAGCCCAAGACAUUAGUCAAAUCAGACUGGAUUUUAUGCACUUCAAUCUGGCUCAACCGAAUAGGAAGACUGGCGUAUGCGAAACGGAUGUAUUCAUGAUGCGAGGAGGCACUUAUCAAGAUAUCAAGUUAUGCGGCAUAAAUAGCGGACAACAUUUAUAUUACGAUGUGGAAAAUGUCAACGGACCUAUUACCAUCACUAUUCUACUAACCAGUGCCAAUACACCCAGAAUGUGGGAGAUCAAGAUAUCCCAAAUCGAAUUUAAUCGAAGAGCUCCGGCUGGAUGCACGCAGUAUUUCCCAGAACCUAGUGGUAUAAUACAGACGAUGAAUUAUGCCAUCAAUGGAAGACAUUUGGCUGAUCAAGAUUAUAUCAUUUGUAUGAGGCAAGCCCAAGGCAUGUGUUCGAUAGCUUACGAACCCUGUGACGAAAAUUCAUUCAAAAUAGGACCACCAGUAUCAGAAAACGAUAUCGGAUCCGGUGACGGAGAACUAGGCGCUCCUGGCGGAUCGCAAAAUUUGAAUUUAUUCAAAGAAUGCUCAGAUCGAGUCCUAAUGCCUUGCGAUUCUGAAGAAUUCAUCACACCAGGAGGUGGUCCUGCCGUUUGCGAUUUACUCCACUGCGGUAACUCAUUCUGUUCGUCUUCCGAGCAAAAGCCUUGUAGAAUAGAAAGUAGUACGACACCGUUCCACAUAAGAGUACAAUUCGGGCCAGGAUUACGAGAAGAAUCGCCCGAGGAUAAUUUAGGAAUGUGUUUGAAAUACGAACAAUUACCUUGUAUUUCGUAAAAAGCCUUUCCACCAACCUGUGUAUAUUUUCUGGUAAAAAUACGUUCAAUUUUCGCAACCAACGACGUGGGAUAUGGAACCUAUUCAAUAAAAUUUAAUACCUCCGGUUCGUUGAGCUUACCAAGUAUACCUACCAUACGAACAAAGCUUAAUUAUUCUUCUCAAGCACGCCGUAAACCUGCAGAUGAGUAGAAUAACUCGUUAUUUUCUUGCCAUUUUUGUACUCGUAUUUAUAUUUAUAAUAUUUUUUUUUGAUCAGUGGAAGUAAAGAAUUUAAUGCCUGAAAUUAAAUUGGCUCGACUAUUUUUCUUGUAUUUCCAUUGAUCGAAUAGUCAUGAUGAGUAUUUUUUUUGGUACUUUUAUUUAAUACAUAUUUUAAUUUUUAAA